AUGGAGGGCGCGGCGCAGUCCGUUGUGAGCAAUGUUGGGCAGCUGGUGGCCAAAGAGUUCUGGCUGCUCCGCGGCGUCGGCAGCGAGGUCGUUGAGCUGAGGGACGAGCUGGCAACCAUGAACGCCCUCCUCCUUAUGCAGUCUGAAGCCGGUGAGGGUGGAGUGGACCACGUCGUCAGGGAGUGGAUGAAGCAGGUGCGGGAGCUCGCAUGUGACGCCGACGACUGCGUCGAUCUCUACAUAUUCCGCAUCAAGCGCCGUCCCAGCGACGGCUUCCUCGUCAAGUCCAAGCGCCUGCUUGCGACCCUUUUUCCUCGCCGUCUGCUCGCCGGUGACAUCAGAGCCCUCCGCUCCCGAGCUAUAGCCAUUAGCGAGCGCCAUGCUCGUUACAGCUCUAGCCGAACGGUAUACCUCUCUCAGCUUGCCCCUGACCCGGCAGUGACGGACCUGUCCACACAAAGGCUUCGCCCUGGCCGUGCCGACGCCAACGACCCUGAUGAUUUCGUGGGCGUUGAAGAGCUCAACACAGUGAUCGACAUGGUGGAAGGCGAAAAGGAUGACGGCAAGCUUAAGGUUUUCUCCAUCGUUGGGCUCGGAGGGCUCGGCAAAACUACGCUCGCCUUUGAAGUUUGCCGGCAGGUGAAGACCAAGUUCCAGUGCCAAGCGCAGGUGUCCGUGUCUCGGGCGUUUGACAGCAGCAAGGACCUGCGGGGGUUGCUGAAACGCGUGCUUCAGCAGAUUUUGCAGGUGAAUGAUAAAGGCAUCGAGACGGAGAAAGUGUAUUCCGUGGGUAACAUCGACGCAAUGGAUGUGGAGAUGCUGACCAAGAAACUCAAGGAACAUCUCCAGGGCAAGAGGUACCUCAUUGUGCUUGAUGAUGUAUCGACAGUAGCUGUGUGGGCUGCAAUCCGGUCCAAAUUGCCAGAAAGCACAUGCGGCAGCAUAAUUAUUGUGACAACUCAGUUAGAUAGUGUGGCGCAAGCAUGCAGUGGAGCAAGUGUAUGUGAAGACCACAUAUACCAUAUGAAGCCGCUCAACCGUGAAGACUCGGAGAAGCUUUAUGUGAGGAGAGUACUUGGUAUCAUGGAAGGUGGGCCCAGGGGAGACUCUAUCCACAAUUAUCUCAACGAUGAAAUUAACCAAAUGUUGAGGAGAUGUGGGGGGCAUCCGUUAGCCAUUGUUUGCAUUGGAGGCCUUUGGGCAAGCCAUAGUUGGCGCGAUUCCACAGUUAUGUGGGGAGACAUUUGUAGAUCAAUCGGUUCAUCCAUGGAUACCUACCCAACCCCUGCUGUAACAAGGAAGAUCGCCGUGCUUAGCUUCAAUUACCUGUCUCGUGAGCUCAAGCGUUGCAUGAUGUAUCUUAGCAUUUUCCCGGAGGAUUAUCUAAUCAGCAAAAUCCGGCUCUUGAAAAGAUGGAUUGUAGAAGGACUGAUACCUGAGAAGCAGGGGCUUACUUUGAUGGAGACUGCUGAGGCCUACUACAAUGAGCUGGUGAAUAGGGGCAUGAUUGACCAAGCUGGCUGUAUAGUUACCUACUGUAAUAGGGUGGAUAUGUGUAGGGUGCAUGACAUUAUGCUUGAUGUUAUGGUGUCCAAAUCCCUAGAAGCUAACUUUGUUAGCUUGGUGGGCACUCAGUAUGACGGGAUGUCAUACGAUAUUGUUCGCCGUCUCUCCAUUCAUGGUGCAGAUGGGGGGAACCAAUACUAUCGAUCCAGGAAAAUGGUGAAUGGAAUUGAGGGGAUGAACGUGCAGCAUGUCCGAUCACUGAGCACAUUCCGGUCUGAAGGCCACAAGUUGCUGCUAGACCAGCUAGGGAUGUUCAAGCUGCUGAGGGUACUUGAUCUGGAAGACUGCAAGGACCUAAAAAACAAGCAUUUAAGGUACAUUUGCAAGAUGUACCUUCUUAAGUUCUUGAGCUUGAGGGGUACAGAUGUCAGUAUGAUGCCUCGCGAAGUCUGUGAUCUAGAGCAUUUGCAAAUACUUGAUGUCGGUGACACUCUCCUCGACACACUUCCCAAGACUAUGAUAAAGCUGAUCAAACUUGAGCGACUGAUGUUCUCCAACAGAGAAAGGCUGUUGACCCUAUGGAUACUGCCCAAAGGAAUCUCAAAGAUGAAGGCAUUGCGUGAAGUGAGUAGAGUAGCCAUAGAAAAUAUUGAGGUUGCCAUAGAGAUCGGUGAUCUACAACAACUGGAACAGAUAUUUGUUUAUGUCAACACAAAUGUCCACAACAAUGACAUGGACUAUCAUCCCCUGCUGGAUCUUGACAUGCCACCACAGCUUUUGCGGUACCUUAGCUUUGGUGGAUUUAUUCCUCGGAUUCCCGACUGGGUCGGUUCACUUGCAUUUCUUGCCGAGUUCACUAUUUCAGGCACAAAACUUGUUGGCAACCAACCAUUUGAGGUCCUUUGUAAAGCUCGAAACCUGAAUCACAUCACAUUUCAGAUGGAUUUUUACAUUGACAGAGAUCUGGUUGCAUGCAGUGCCCACAAGUUUUCUUCGCUCAAGAGCGUAAGAGUCAUCGCUGCUGCUGAAACUCCUGAAAUGUUCAGUUUUGAGGAAGACUCCAUGACACCUCUCGAGAUACUUGAGGUGGACUUCGGAGACUGGCAGAAGAGCAUUGCUGGGAUCGAGCACUUGAAGAACCUUAAACUGGUGCGACUCAGUGGUAGCAGCAAUAAUGCUUCACUGAUGGAAGUAGCGGAAAAGCUGAAAGAAGAGAGUGACAGACGAGGCAAGUCCGACGACAACAAUCAGCGCCCCUUCACGGUUGGAGUGAGAUACAACUGA